CUCCUUAUCUGGUAAAUGGGAGAGAGAAUGUGGAUAAUGUACAAAAUGUAUCUCGUGCUGCCUCGUAAUAUUUCUUUGGGUGGUCGUCUGAUGGCUAGAGGUCUGCACAACGUGUUCUCGGCUUCAUCACGGAAUGUGGAAUUAACAGUAAAGCCAGUUUCCUGUCUCCAUGAUGAGCCAGUGAGCAUCAAAGUGAGUGGCCUCGGUCCAGAUGAAUAUGUCACACUGCACGCAUCCAUGAACGACUCCAAAGGAUUAAACUACAUGUCUUAUGCCCAUUAUAGAGCGAACGUCGAUGGACUUGUUGAUUUGGACAAAAUGGAAUCUGUGGGUGGUCGUUACAGGGGAGUUUUCCCAAUGGGGCUAAUUGGCACCCUCAUGCCAGCUCUUUGUGAAAAUCAGUUUUUUCGUUUCACCAAAAAGGACAUUGAAUACCCAAAUGUUGUGACGGUGACAGUGUACCGGGGCCAUUUGAGUGCAGAACAAGCGUCUUCCCCUGAUACAGCCCAGCCCUGGGCUGCAGUGACUCAUCUACGGCACUACAUGGGGCUUGGGGUGCAACGCAUUCCUGUGCGCUACGGAAAAGUUCGGGGUUGUCUCUUUCUACCACCGGGAGAUGGACCCUUCCCAGGAGUGAUCGAUAUGUAUGGUACAGGUGGGGGCCUGAUGGAGCACCGAUCAGCCCAACUUGCUUCGCGGGGAUUUGCAUCACUAGCGCUAGCUUAUUUUCAUUAUGACGACUUGCCAAAAUACUUGGACGAAUUGCAUAUUUCCUAUUUUGAAGAAGCUGUAGAAUUCAUGUUAAAACAUGACAAGGUUCUAAAGCCACACCUGGGAAGCAUUGGACUGAGUAAAGGUGCCGAUCUGGUGCUGUCACUUGCCACGUACAUUCCCGAGGUGAAGGCCGUGGUUUGGAUUAAUGGUUGUAAUGCAAAUGUUCAAGCAGAGCUUCAUUUACAUGAUGAAACACUUCCUGCACUACAAAUAGAUGCUUCAAAAAUUAAGAUUGCAGGUGUUGUAAAUUGUUCUGAAGCUUUGGUAGACCCACAAGAAUAUCCAAACACUAUCAUUCCAAUAGAGGAAGCAGAUGCACACUUUCUCUUUAUCGUUGGAUGUGAAGACCAAAAUUGGGACAGCGAGAAACAUGCAGAUCAGGCAGUAGAACGCCUGAGAAGAGCUCGCCGCUACAAUUAUGAGGUCCACAAGUAUCCAGAUACUGGCCAUCUUAUUGAACCACCAUAUCAACCGUUCAGUUCAGCAACAUACCAUCGGAUGCUGGGCAUGCCGAUGCUGUGGGGAGGUUCACUGGUUCCACACUUAAGAGCACAAGAACAUGCCUGGACAACAACAGUAAAUUUUCUUCACAAAUUUGUCCACUAACGAAAACUGAGCAAGUGCAUAAUGUUCUGCAUAAUGGUAUUAAGAAGCCGCCUGUGUACAGUACAAGGUCCAGCCAACUACAGUCAGACACGAGAAAGUUACAAGGACAGUCUGUACUUUGAUCUUCAUCAUCUGGAUUCUACACCUGACAAUUUCUCCCUCCAUAAAGACCUUGUUGAUUCGGUGGAUGCCUCUUGUUACUUUGAACCCCACCCGUCUCGGUACACAUGUCGUCACUGCUCCUUCACCGGAUGCAGCUGCCCGUUUAGCUGAUUGGUCCUGUAUUGGGGAGACUCUUGUUCGGGUCUCCAAAAACGCUUGGUUAAAUGCCAGUGUUGGUACUGUUCUCCUCCUGCACCAUGUUGCAACUGGUGUUAGGGACCUCAAAGACUGCCAUGUGGAUAUUAAACAUAUCCUCGAAGCCCAAGGCCAUCCUGUUCUUCAGGUGGACACGUUCACUCGACCCCCUCGUGGUCGUCGCCAUCAGCCCCUUUGAGUUGUGAAAAUCACCUUCGAUAGUAGGAUCCUUCUACCCUCUAUCAUUCUUGCUGGUGUCAGGUGCUCUCUUCAGGAGUACAUCCCCUCUCCUAGACUUUGUAAUACAGUAAGUGCUGGAAGUUCAGGCAUGGUGCCCUCAAAUGCACAAGUACUGUGACUAUGCCCCUUGUGUGGGGACGAAGGUCCCUCUAAGACGGUGCUCUUUUCCCCAGGCUUGCUGCCUGAUUUGCGGUGAGGCCCACCCUACCUUCUCCCGUGCGUGUAGUCAUUACAAACUUGAAGCCAUCCUCAACCUGAAACACUGGGAUAGUUUGUCUUUUCCUGAAGCGAGACGCCAAAUUUGCUGUCUUCCCCCUUUCACUGGCGUAUCUUAUGCUCACGUGUUGUGUUCUACCUCUCCUCCUCCUUCCCACCUUACUCAGUCUCGCAAUUGUUUUCAGGCCUUAGACCCAGAUAUGCCCACCUCUUCCGCCCCUGUUCCUUUCGGUUCUGUCUCAACGGGUCCUCCUCCUGGUUCUCAAUCUGGAGUUUCCCCCCUUCUGCCAUGUCUCCUUUCCCAUCUCCCUCCUGAUCCUUCUUCCCAACCCUCCCCACAGUCUCAGGCCCUCUACGCCACCUGUCUGUCCAGGCUGUUGUCCAUCAUCCUCCCAGCAAUCUUAAUGUUGUUCGCUUCCGUUCUUCUCCUAUUGAGACUGUUGCCAGUAUGUUGUUGCUGGAAUGCCCGAGUCAGAAACGUAAGCCUGGCUCCUCUCCUUCCUCCUCCCCGGCAGGUAAGAACGCAUCGCUUUCUUCCUUGCCCCCCCCCCCCCCCUCCAACCUCUUGACUAUCGCUUUAUCCUCUCCCAUUUCGGUUGUCAGGCCCCCUGUCUCCGCUAUGGAGGUUUCUUUUGCUAUUCUUUACCUCCCCCCCUGGUUCUCAUCUUCCUCGAUGCUUCCUUCUUCAUAAGCCCGUUCUUGAAUCUCAUCCCUUAGAUUUCCACACUCAUUUCCGCCACCUAUAUUUACUGAGAUACAGCCAACUCAAAUAUCAGACUUAUCGUGUUUUCUCAAUAUAUUAUUAUGGAAAAUUAGUUGAAAAACAUGUAAUAAUAAUUAUAAUGAGUUAAAUAAAAAAUGGGUAUUAAGAA